AUGGGACUCAUAAACUGGAGCAGAGUUAUAAAAUUUGUUUUUACCCCGACUUUCUAUUUCAACGAAUUGACCUUUAGCAGCAAGUCGUUGAUGUUCCUCAUUUAUUUUCUUACUACGUUUUCCUAUUUCAACGAGUUGAGCUUUAGCAACAAGUCGUUGUCGUUCCUCCUCUUUUUGAAUUCGACGCUCUUUUUCUCGGCGGAGACGUUGUUUAGCUACCUCUUUUUUACCACCCCGUUCCUCAAUUCUCUCGCGUUUUUGUCGAUGAUUGCCGCCGAUAAGACCAAAUCCAAUUGGUGA